AUGGAAAAUCGGGCGCAGCGCGUGGAUAACGCGCUGCAACAGUUGCUCUUUCGAUUGAUCCCAUGGAACCAAGAUGAUGAUGAGGCAGUUGAAGACCAGCGCUUCGACGAGGCACUGCAAGCAGCCAGACAAACACUAGGCAGGCACGCUCCUUUCNAUGACCAGCCAUCCUCGGCAGCCGCAGACGAUGUACACCACGCCGCAGACUUGAUCAGACAAAAGCUGGUGCAUGAGAACAGUCGCCCGGACAAAGCCCUCCACUUCUCCAACCUCUAUUCGAGACUGCUGAGCCAGCCUGUGCUCGACCGGAAAUGGGCUAUCUUAUACUUCCUAUAUCGACUCUCGGAUUCUGAAGCUGGUCCAGCACCGGAUGCUGUUCCUUCGCCUACACCCCGCCCGCAACCCCCCUUGCGACAACAGAGCAGUGACGCCCCUGCUUUCAACGAUGCCUUUUCUCGCAAUGGUCUACCCAGAGUACCCGAUCCCGAAGACCCAGAGCCUGUGCGACUGUCACAGACCCGAGAAAGAAUGCCCCUACGUGCAUCGACACGCUCAAUAGAACCCUCGCCAGAGCCAACAAACUCGGCAAACUCGCAAGAUGCGCCGACAGAGGCUCAAUUGCUUCGAGACUUGCCAUUCACACUGCAAGGUCUUUCCUCCACCAAUCUUGCGUUCUCCGACUCUUCGCUCAGGCUUCCUUCAACAUUACCCGUGCCGAUAAUAAGUUUGCUUCACACACUUGCCGAGCCUUCGCUGUUGUAUCGGAGUCUAUCAGCAUUUGUCGAGUCUUCUGAAGGUGGUCUGGUGGGCCAAAGUUUGCGCUCUGCCAUCGGGGUUGAAUUGAGAGCAUACCUUGGAUUGGUGGCUACGCUCGAAGCCCAAAUCAGAAGAGCCUUGACUCAAUUACAAGAAUCGCCAGGAAAUCUGGGUCUAGGAAAGGCUGGUGUGACGUUGAAGAGAUGUGUUGUGUGGACUCGCGAGGCGACAAUGGGCUUGCGGCUCAUGAGCAUGAUGGUCGAAGAAGCAANNAAGAAGAAAGGAGGCGAGCUGAUAUCGCUCAUACACUCCUACGCCUCAUCACACGGCGACCCCUUUGUGUACACUUUUGCGGAACGACUCUUGAUCCAUGUGACCCGGCCAUUCUAUACUAUGCUACAACACUGGAUCUAUGAUGGCGAGCUUGAAGAUCCUUUCCUAGAGUUCUUCGUUUACCAAAACCGAGAUGCUGACUUAGACUCUGACCCUCGUCGUGGCGGUGCGACAAGUGUCUGGGAAGACAAGUAUCGUCUCAAGGACAGUAUGAUACCUACUAUCAUCACACAGGACUUCGCAAAGAAAGUCUAUCUGAUUGGCAAGUCACUCAAUUUCAUUCGCUACGGUUGUGGUGACUCCGCUUGGGUCGAAAAUCACAGCAAGAGCUCAAUGCGAGAGCUUCGCUAUGGCGAUACAGCCACGCUCGAAUCGUCAAUUGACUCCGCAUACAAAGGCACCAUGGCUCGUCUUAUCUAUCUAAUGGAAGACAAGUUCAAGUUGUUUGAGCAUCUAGCAGCACUCAAGAAGUACCUCCUGCUGGGACAGGGUGACUUUGUUGCUUUGCUCAUGGAAUCUCUGGCGUCGAACCUAGACAGACCAGCCAACAGUCAGUACAGACACACCUUGACCGCUCAGCUCGAGCAUGCCAUUCGAAACAGCAACGCCCAAUACGACUCUCCAGAUGUGCUUCGCCGUCUCGACGCUCGUAUGCUCGAGCUGUCCCAUGGCGAAAUCGGCUGGGAUGUGUUUACGCUUGAGUACAGAGUUGAUUCUCCUCUGGAUGUCAUUGUCACACCAUGGGCGUCCAAGCAAUAUCUCAAGGUCUUCAACUUCUUGUGGCGUGUCAAGCGCGUCGAGUUUGCCUUGGGAAGUAUAUGGCGACGAACCAUGACCGGUGCUCGAGGUGUACUCGGUGCUGUCGGCGACAAAGUAGAAGCUGACUGGAAGAAUGCCAGGGGUGGCAUCGCAGAGAUGAUCCACUUCGUCUCACAACUUCAACAUUACAUUCUCUUUGAAGUCAUUGAAGCAGGCUGGGAAGGACUGCAAAAAGCAAUGCGUACACCAGACGCCACUCUCGACGAUCUCAUCUCAGCCCAUGGAGCCUACUUGCGCAGCAUCACUCGCAAAGGUCUUCUAGCUCCAUCCGGAUCACAAGCCUCCUCGUCCACAGCACCAGACUUUACAGCACAACUCCACGAACUCCUCAAACUGAUGCUGGCAUACAAAGACGCAGUCGACAGCCUAUACUCAUACUCUGUAGCCGAAUUUACACGCCGUCAAGACCUUGCAGCAAAAAUCGAAACACGCACUGCAGCAGGCACCUGGGGCGUAACCGAANAAGACGAAAACGAAUUCGGGUCUUCGCAUAUGAGCAAUACCCACAAACGCAACUCCCGCCGCACCAAUGACCGCGACAAUGAAUCUCCCAUCCCACCACUGCUUCCCAUUACUUCAUCAGGCAAUGCGGCAGCAGAUGAGGCAGCGAUUCUGUCUUCAUUGCGUCAACGCUUGCACUCUCUGGCUACAGACUUUAGAGCCAGAGUCAAUAUCCUGCUUGGCGAUUUGGCGUAUCAGCCGGAUGUGGAUAUGAGGUUCCUGGGUGUGGUUAUGAACUUUAACGAUGUGUAUGCGCCGGUGAGAAGGGGUGGGAGAAGAAGACAGACGAAUGCUAAGGAGGGAACACAUCACCCUGAGAGAGAUAUGAAUGGAAAGGAGAAGGGGAAAGAGAGAGAAAGGGUUAAGAGGACGAGGGAUGAGGGUGAGGCUAAUGGAGGAGCUUCCAAGGAGGGCUGA